ACAAUUCCGGGGGUUGGAAAUACGACUGUUCCUCCGCCUCCCUCCACAUCGGAAUCAGAGUUCGGAAGAAAUGGCAAGCGGCGGGAAAGUGUCGUUCAAAGUCACUCUCACCUCCGAUCCUAAGCUCCCGUUCAAAGUGUUUAGCGUACCGGAAGCGGCUCCAUUCACCGCUGUCUUGAAAUUCGCGGCGGAGGAAUUCAAAGUCCCUCCUCAAACCAGCGCAAUCAUCACCAACGAUGGCGUUGGAAUCAAUCCCCAGCAAAGUGCAGGAAAUGUCUUCCUCAAACAUGGCUCUGAACUUCGCCUGAUUCCACGUGACAGGGUAGGAGCCUCCUGAAUGGUUUGUGCCAUCCAGUCAUGGAUCCAUUUUAUGUAGUUGGGUUGUAAGUUUCUUCUAGAUUGAAGGGGCAGCUUAUUAGCAUAAAUUUUAAAAGUUGAUAGACAAUACUCUUAUCUUUAUUUUAUUUUGGACUCACCGGCUGGUAGCAAAUGAAUAAAACGCAGAAUUAUGUGAAUGGUGGUGGUGCUGGCCUAAAAACCCAAAAAUUUAUGUUUUUACUUUAAGUGGAAAAACUUAUGAGUUUUCUAUUUUGUGAAUAUGAUGUGCACCGAACAGCAAAAUAGAAGGUUAUUAGAUGA